AUGUGUACGCGCAAGGUCAUACGCGAAGCGGUUACGCCCAGGCUCAGCAACGCGCGUGACGACACGCGCCGCCCGCGCGGCAAACGCGCCCCGUCACCUCCCUCGCUUCCGUUCCUUGACGGCGAACGUCCACUUGGCUCAAGCCAACCCAUAGACUCGGAAACAAUCUAUAGUGCUUAUAACUGCACUCUAAUGGCAUCGGAUGCUUGUAUUAAGAUGGUGCAUAUAAAGCCUAGUAUAUCUCGACUGAACAAGGAUUGCUUAGCGGAGAUCUUCUACAACUGUGCCUUUGAAAUUGACUACGGCUACGGUCGCAAUUCGCCUUGGGACCACCUAUCACGAGGGAAGAUGGUGGUCCAUCUCAGUCACGUCUGUAAAUCGUGGCGUCUCUUAGCCUUAUCUAUGAGCGAACUCUGGGCCAGCAUUGUGACCGCAUUUCCUGAUGGAUUCCCAGAGCGUCUCGAACGCGCGCGAGGCAUACCCCUCACGUUUGGCCCACAUCAUGAAUGGGAUCAUGAUGGGUGGAGCGCACAGACCUCGUACUUGACGGCACACGUUGAACGGUUCCGCACGAUUAUGUGCCCCGAAGAUCUACGUCUUUCAUGGAUCGAACAUCUCCCCGGAAAGGUCUUCCCUCACCUUCGUCAGGCCAGCUUCGCCAAUAGAGAGCCGGGAUAUUUCUCCGAUAUAUCUUUCCAGGCCGAUCACCUUCAAAGCCUUCGCUUAUACCAUUUCGCCGUGCACUUCACUGCACCAAACUUGACCAGCCUAACGAUCUACAUGCCCUUCGAAUGGCAAGUCGAACAAGCAGUCUCAUUCGGUCAGGAUGUUCCAGUCGAAGCCUUCAUCCCGGCCACGCAGUUAAUCAGGAUGUUGCGCUCGACGCCGCUGCUCACGCAUCUCAAGAUACACCACUGCAUAUUCUCCGAUGACUGGGACCCCACAGAGUGGGAUAGUGAGAAUGGCAGGCAAUCUAUUGUCACUCUCAAUCAUCUUGAAUAUUUGUCCAUCCGCAAGGAAUACUGCAGCCAUAUCGCUGUAUUCCUUUUGGCCCUAUCGAUACCCACGAGGACAUCCAUACGCUUCUCUACCUUUUUCCCGCGUUCGACGGAUGACGAACUUCAGCAUCUCUGUCGAGAGCUGGCCCCUUACAUGCGCUCAUCCUCGUGCAAUUCCGUGCGCGUUACGUCGCGCUGCGACUACAGCGACGAAAGCGCGUUCUUCGAACUCUUCCACAAGGAUCGAAGGGGCGCAUCAAUUUCUAUAUUCAUCGAAGACUCCGAACGGCGCCUAGAGGAUGGCUCAAUGUCGUCAGUUGCUAUUUACGAGGCCAUCUUCGCCGAGCUUCCCUCUUCUACGAUCCAUGAACUUUACGUGGACCCACCCACAGUUGAUCAAUCCUUCACUGCAGCGGACACGCCCGCAGUUUUUCACGGAUCAGCGCUCUCCGCCUCCGUCGAAACGCUCUACUACAGCCUGGAACCUCCCUUUGGACUGUCAACCGGCGAACUGGGCCCCGCUCAUUUUGGUAGGGGUUUACUUCCCGACUUUCUUCUCGACUGGCCCGCCACAUACCCUGCCUUAAAGCACGUUCGAAUCAGCAGCUAUGUCACUCUAUACAAGAAAGCUGUUGUGGCUGACGCCAUACAAAAAGUCAAGCAAUGGCUCGAGGCUCGCGUCAAAUUGGGCUUGCCUGUACAAACUCUCACGCUGUGUGGGACAAUCGAAGGGACGGAUGGCAAGGCUAACGACCUUGAUCUAUAUGGCCCCCUUCUGGAUCUCGUAGACGUUCAGGACACGCGACGGGUGUUUUCUUCCAAGUCAAGUAAUGUGUAG